AUGUUUACUUUAGGGGAACUUCCGUUCUGGCAGCACGCGCUUUGUGGAAGCAUUGCAGGGGUCAUGGAGCACAUCUCACUGUUCCCGCUGGAUACCAUAAAAACGAGACUGCAGACACAGUCAGCCUGGGAAAACAGUUCACCCGGCCAGAAUGGAUUCACUCGUCCAAAGAAUGGUAGAGUAAACGGUACGGCAGUACAAAGAGUAAACACGCCCAUAAACGGAGUUAUCAAUCGCAUCAGUGGAAUAAACGCGGAUAUCACUCACUGUUCUAAUACACACGCCACUGAUAUAAGUAAAUCAGCCAAUGGAGUUGUAAACAGGUUCAAUGGAAGAGGUAACGGUAGAAUGAAUAGGGACUCGAUUGGGAAGAUAAGUGAAAAACUUGACCUGCGCUCAAAUAAGAUAGUCAAUAAGAUAAUGUCGAACAGAAACAUGGCUACAGAGGCACUAGUUAGUCCAAUGGGUCAAAUGAGUCCCAUAAGCUCAAUAAGUUCAAUUGGAUCCAUUGGCGAAGUUGGGUCCAUGGGCUCCGUUGGUUCCGUUGGAUCAGUAGGUUCCGUUGGUUCCGUUGGAGCUUAUACUGGCAAUUUAACGAAAAUAGCUGCCAAUUUAACAGAAAUAGCGAAGGAAAAGGUCAGUGCAGCAAAGAAUACUGAUAAGAAUAACGGCAAUAAGAGUUCAGUCGUUAAUAAUAAGUCGAGUACGAUAUUAAAUACUAGUUUGAGUAAGGGCUACAACAGUGCUACAGGAACCAAUGUUGUAGUAGGUGCUGCCACGUCAACGGGUAAAAAUAACACUGUCGCCACUGCAGUUGGUUCAGAUACGCAGGUGGUGGCAAACAGAAACAUCACCUCUAAAAUAAUUAAGCACAUGAAGCCGAUGAACGCAACGAGGCCAGGAUUCUACUCGAACCUGUUUAGAGGGAGUAACGUCAUCAUAGCGGGCUGUGUGCCUGCGCACGUUUUGUACUUCACAGUCUACGAAAAGAUUAAGUCUGCGGGAAGCAUAGCAGCAUCAGGGGCCGCAGCGACAUUCUGCCACGACCUGCUUCUGACGCCGGCGGACGUGAUUAAGCAGAGGCUGCAGUUGGGGUGUUACCGCAGCAGUCGCGACUGCCUCUACAACAUAAUUAAGCAGGAGGGAGUGAGGGCACUUUUCAGGUCAUUCCACAUAACGCUGCUGAUGAACGUGCCAUACCACUCGCUGCUGGUUAGUAUUAUGCACCUGGUUAAGCAGGCUGAUGGUAGCCGUGCCACUGGUGGUGCUAAGGAAAGCAGUUUAAGAAGUGUUGGCACAUCUGCUACUGGUGGUACUGGCAUUGGUAGUGCUAAGGGUACUGCUGUUACUGCUAAUGCUGGUACUGGUACCGGUGGUACCAAUGCUAAUGAGAAUAAAGAUGUGGAAAACUAUAAGCACUUUAUAUAUGCAGGCAUUGGAGGUGCGGUAGCAGGUGCGCUGACCACGCCAUUCGACGUUAUAAAAACACGGCUACAAACACAAGCAUGUCGAAUGGACAGUAAAAGGCCAAAAUUGCAAAUCAAGUACAAGAAUGUGAUAACCACAUUUGAAAAUAUAUAUCGCAAGGAAGGAGUUAGAGGUUUCAUGAGAGGUGUUACCACGAGGAUUGGAAUGUGUACUCCGUCAGCGGCAAUAUCUUGGGGAACGUACGAAAGCUUGAAGAGUCUGAUUAAGUUGAUCGACUGA